AUGUAUUCUCUGGGCGAGACGAGGGCGCGAAAUUACAACCUCUCUGAAGAGAAAAAAGCACGUGGGGAUAACUAUGCCAGUAUAGCAACACUCAUCAAUGCCUCCUCCACAGUAGAUGAGUUGGCAUAUCAACUUCGCGCCUCUAAAUCGUCAGUGCUAUUGACUUGCAUCCCUCUACUGGCCACAGCACUCGAAGCAGCUUCCAAAUGCGGAAUACCACACUCGCGAGUGUAUAUUUUGGAAAUGCCGCAGGAGCUGCUGAAUGGCUUAAGUACUCCGGCUGAGUUUACCACCAUGAGCCGACUGAUCGAGAAAGUAGAAAGGAGUACUGAUUUCGCAUCGGAAUAUGAUUUCAGAGCGUGUACUGACAGAGAGAAGGUUCCUCCCGUAAUUGUUUCCAUGGUGAAGAAUGAGGAACUCAUGAAAAUAUAUGACCUGGGUAGUGUGCACUCAAUAAUCACUGGCGCAGCUCCUCUCGGCCUGGAAACUGCUGAGCAACUGGGCAAGCUGCAGCAAUCGUGGUCUAUCCUUCAAGCCUACGGCCUUACAGAAACCACAGCCGUUGCAACAGCCACCAGCCCGCAUGACAUCUUCUUCGGAUCACCAGGUUCCUUACUUCCCUCAAUUGAAGCGCGCCUCGUGUUGGCUGAUGGAGACGAUAUUGAAGAGUACGAUACACCAGGAAAACUCCUACUACGGGGCCCGACGAUUGUGCUUGGAUACCUCAACAACGACGCAGCAAAUAAGGCGACUUUCCAGAACGGGUGGUUGCGGACCGGUGACGAGGCUGUUUUAAGGAAGAGCGCCAAAGGAGAGGAUCAUGUUUUCAUAGUCGAUAGGAUUAAGGAGCUGAUAGAAGUGAAGCCUGUUAUUGCCGUUAUCAAUGAUGAUGUUGAGGAGGUCCCAAAGGCAUACGUGGUCAAGGCUAUGAAUGCACCGGUUGAUGACCACAUUUUCAUUCGCGAUAUUAAGAAGCAUGUCUCGGACCAUAAGGCGCGUUAUAAGUGGUUGAGGGGCGGCGUGGAGGUCAUUGAUGUUAUACCAAAGACUGCAAGCGGGAAGAUAUUGCGGCGUCACUUGAGAGACAGGGACCGUGGGGCGAAGGUGAAGACGAAGACAAAGGCGCGCCCGAAGUUAUAA